GCACAAAAUCGACUCGUUUCUGAUAUGUCUGCUUACUGCUAUCUAGGUUUCAAAGGGAAGUGGUCAAGCACUAUAAAUGUGCGGGUGUUCUUCUCAGUGGAUGAAAAAACGGAUAAAGAGCCUUCGAUCGUGCCAAAAUACAAUUUCUCGGUUUGUUAUUCUGCUUAUCUGUCGAUACUGGUUCAUUCAAAAGUAAGCGUAUUGAAGGAUUGGGUUGUGGCCGCACGUUCUCUAAGUCGUUACGCUCCAUCAUCACCUCCAAGCACUAAAUAUUCUGGUUAUACGGGUGGAGCUAUGUUCGUAUUGGGCGUGUUCUCACUGUUGCUUGGAGUUGCAAUAGGUGCCGGUGGAGUCUUCUUCGUCACCAAGAGGCAACGUAUCUCUACUUUAGCGUAUCAAGUUUUUGAAUGA